UUUGAAAGCUGCUAAAGUAAUCUAUGGAUGAUUAAAAAUAACAGGAGAACGUACAGAGAUCACAUGUAAUUCUACGGCAUUUUAUGUAAAGCAGUUGCGCCACCAAGAUCUGGGAUCCUUGCUGAUAUCCAAAGCGGAGAGGACAGGGUCUCAUGUUAGCUGGGGAUGACAGGGUUCUAACGGAAGCCUGCAAGUUCACAGGUGACAGCUGUAGUUUCCUACACAUAUCCCCAAACCAACCGGUCUUACCAUACAGCAUGUCACAGAUCAUCUCCUCUCCUCUCGCAGAUGAAGAGAAACCGCUGCUCUGCACUACAAAGCCACUUAGCAGCGCCGCCCUCCCUCCCCACCCGGACACCUGUCCCCUUCACUGGGACCCCCGGAGGGAGAGGGGCUGAUAGAGCGAACUACGGCAGAGCAAUCCCGGCGGAACCUGAGAAUUUUGACACAGGGUAAGUAAGGUCUUGGCUUGACGAGGCAAGGAAGACUCAAGGGUGGUGCUUCCAGACAACAAUGGGAGCCCAAUGACAAAAGCACCGAGAUUCCUGCGCGGACUGCAGGGCUGAGCCGCGAAACGUCUUUUCUCGCCACGCCCUCCCUAAGGCCCGCAGUGAGGGCGCUGGGGACCCAGCCGCGGGGUGGCGUGGGGGUGAAGGACCCACCACGCACUUGAUGUGGUGAGCGGCUGUUCCCGCCCCGAUGUUCAUCUCCGCCGGGAGUGGCCACCCUCCUGGCAGAAAUUGGGCCUGCUUAAACUGGAGGAGCAGGAAAGACAGCCGACUCGCGUCCGGGAAGCAGCUGCCGCGCUCCACCCAGCACCCUACCAGGGGCUACAGACGUGGGGUCAGGCUCCCGAACGCAGGAGGCGGGGAGGCGCCGACGCAAGGAACCAAUCACCACAGACGCUCCCACGUGAUUAACCUUGACCAAUAGGAGGCCGCGGCGAUAGCGGCGGAGCAACUCAAACGCGCUUACGAAGAGAGAUGGGGGUUCCGUCUUUUCUUCUCUUCCGCUCGGCUUCCUGGAGGCGAGUAUUGGCUCGCGGGCGCAUCGAGGAGCGGCGGCGGCCGAAAACUAGUUGCAACUUAGAAAUGGAGGCUGAGGAGUUAAGUGGCAGAGAAUUGACAAUCGAUUCCAUAAUGAGCAAAGUGAGAGAUUUUAAAAAUGAAGAUCUUACUGAUGAGCUAAGCUUGAAUAAAGUCUCUGCUGAUACUACAGCUAACUCAGGAACUGCUAACCAAAUUAUGAUGAUGGCGAACAACCCAGAGGACUGGUUGAAUUUCUUGCUUAAGUUAGAGAAAAAUAGUGUCCCCCUGAAUGAUGCUCUUUUAAAUAAAUUAAUUGGUCGUUAUAGUCAAGCAAUCGAAACACUUCCUCCAGAUAAAUAUGGCCAAAAUGAGAGUUUUGCUCGAAUUCAAGUGAGAUUUGCUGAAUUAAAAGCUAUGCAAGAGCCCGAUGAUGCACGUGACUACUUUCAAAUGGCCAGAGCCAACUGCAAAAAGUGUGCUUUUGUGCAUAUAUCUUUUGCACAAUUUGAACUGUCUCAAGCUGUAGAAAGUGGAGCAGUACCGUUAGAAAUGCUGGAAAUUGCCAUAUGUAAUUUAAACCUACAAAAGAAGCAGCUGCUUUCAGAGGAGGAAAAGAAGGGUUUAUCAGCAUCUACAAUGUUUACUGCUCAAGACUCAUUCUCCAGUUCAGUUGGACAUUUACAAAAGUAAGGACAUGGGUUGUGAUUCCAGAGGACAGGCUACCAAAGCCAGGUUUUUGUAUGGGUAAGAAAACUCAUCAUUUAUGUAAGUAUGUCUACAUAAGAGUUUUUUUGUAAGUGUAACCAUGUUUAGCAGUAAAUGGAAAUACACAUGAAUAUUAUUCUUUGAAAAACUGGGUACUUUCUUUUUGUUUAGAGAGAACAUACCACCACAAGAUGCCGAAAUAAGUCAUCGAAAUCCCCUGAAACAAACUAACAAAACUAAACGGUCGUGCCCAUUUGGAAGAGUCCCAGUUAACCUGCUAAAUAGCCCAGAUUGUCAUGUGAAGACAGAUGGUUCUGCUGUGCCAACUUUUACAAAAAGACUGGCCUGGAACUCACUAUCUUCCUGCCUCCAAUUCCCAAAGGUUGGGAUUAUAGGUGUGCACUACCAUACCGGGCUGAAGUUACUGAGUUCCUAAAUGCUCUCAGGAACAAAAAAAUGAAUAGAGAAAGUGACUUUUCAGGUUUUUCACUCAUUAAAAAUAUUUAUUAAAAAAUUAGGAACAUGUUAGAGUGAAGCUUAAAAGGCUGUCAACAUCCUUGGAGUUAAAACUCCUGAUGUUUGGGUAUUUCUUCCUAUGGGUCACCUCUUGGAUAAGAUUCUCUUCCUAGUGCAUUUGAGAGUCUCCACAGCAGGGUGGAAGGUAAGGGGGAAGAAUAGCUAUCAGUGGGAAAAAAGGAUGAAUUCAAUCAUUUACUUUAGAGUUACGGACUUUAAGAAAUGGGAGAGGGAUUGGGGUGUACCUCUGAUAGAGUGUGUACUUAACAUGUGCAAGGUCCUGGGUUCAAUCCCCAGCACCAAAAACAGCAACAGAUGAGUUAAUUAGCUGCUGGGGAAGAUGGUGCAUGCCUCCACAACCCCAGGUAAUAGGGAGGCGGAGCCCUUUGAAUCUAGCUACUUAGGGCCAGCCUGGGCAAUAUAGCAAGACUCCAUGUCUUUAAAAAGAGAAAAAGCAAGGCUAGGUAGUGAAACAUUGUUCCUCACAUACAAUAUAUUUCCCCUCAAUUUGGGUGCUUAUUCCCUUAUAAGAAAUAAGAAUAUGCCAGGCUUGGUGUCUCAUGCCUGUAAUCCCAGUACUUGGGAGUCUGAGGUAGGAUGAUCGUGAGUUUGAGGCCAGCCUGGGCUACAUAGUGAGACCCUAUAUUAAAAAGCCAAAAAAGAAAAAAAGAAAUGGGGUAUAGUUCAGCUAAAGAAGAGAGUUUUUCUUACUUGUUCUUAUUUCUAAUUAUGCGUAUAUCAAUCAUUUCACAAAUACACCUGAGAAGCACAGCUUAUUUUUAACUUGUAUCUUCAAUAAUUAGUCCUGUUAUAUUUAAAACUUGAAUAAAUACUAAUAUUAAAGGGGCAUUUUGUUUAUGUGUAUGUGUGUGUUGGUGUAUGAGUGUGUACAAUUGUGUGUUUUGUUUUGUCUGUGUAAGUGUGUGUGUGUCCUUGUGAAUGUGGGUGUG